AUGGCCACGAUCGACAACGAUCCCGCCUUUACGUCACUGUGCAACGAGAAAACGCUGCAGUCGCAGAAGGAGGGCUUCUUCAACGUGUUCUACGCGUCGGUGGCGGAAAACUUCACCGGAAAAAAUGCGAACUGGCUGACAGAGGUGUACCAGCGGCUACCAACCGAUGCCGAGAAGCUGCGGGUGGUUUACGACGAUCCGGUGGUCGCUUACGAGGUGCUCGGUACGCUAGAGCACGUGCAGCCCGUGUUCCGCGCCAAGGAUGCCCGGUUCUCGUGGCAACGGCGUGAGCAGGCGAUGAAGCUGCUGGGAGAGAAUAAGUUCCAGCAGGCGCUCAUGAUGGCCUGCCAGGCGGUGAUGCGUGCACCGGCUCAAGGCGUCGAUAAGUUUAUCGACAAAGGGCUAACGCUGGCACUCGCCUUGUGGACACGGGCGGAGGUAUUUAUUCGCAUGCUGGAUGGCAAGCGGGCCCAGCAGGAUCUACAGCUGGCGGUCAAGUGUGGUCUUCCGGUGAAGCAGAACGCCGAAUACUAUUUACGCGUCGCUAAGUGUUACGCUCUCUGCGGUGAGGAUGGUCGUGCGGAGGUUGCGGCGAAACUGUUCCAUCAACUCUCCGGCCACAACGAUUAUGCACUCGGAAGGUUAAAGGAAGACAUGGAGGAUCUGCGGGUUCUGAAAAAGGAAACUCCAACGGUGGAGCAGGACCGUUCUCUUCCGGCGCUGGCCGGCGCAGGUGAGAACGUCGAGCUGAAGGGUUGCAGUACGAAGCUAAAGCUCGUCGGAGCGCAAGAAGAUCCACGCGGACGGUACGUGAUAGCGGCUGAAGAUAUUGGUCCCGGGGAACCAAUUGUCGCCGAACCGGCCGAGGCUGCGUGUUUGUAUCCCAAGUUUUUCGGAUCACACUGUUACGCCUGCUUUGCGAGGUUAAUUGCCCCGGUGGCGUGUUCGGAAUGCUGCGGUGUAGCAUUCUGUUCCGUUGCCUGUCGGGACAAGGCGUGCGCCACGUACCACCGAUUCGAGUGCCAGUAUCUCGAUAUGAUGAUCGGUUCCGGUAUGUCGAUUUUGUGCUUUAUAGCGCUGCGUAUUGUCACCCAAGCUGGCACUCCACAGAAGGCCAUCGAAGCGGGUCAAUCGCUGUUGGACACGCUCUGCAAGCAUACGGAGCGUCGCGACCCAGAGGACCACUUCAAGCGUACCCUCAUGACCACCUUCCUACUCCGGUGCCUUCAGAAGGCCGAAUUCUUUGGCCGACGAACGACCGAAUCGCCCGAACCGAACCCGCUCGAGUUACAAGUCGGUGCGAUCUUGCUCGGUGCGCUCCAGUCGCUGCAGUUCAACGCACACGAAAUCUACGAAACACGUGUCACGGGCGAACAUCGGUUCGAUACGGCCAAGGUGCUUUACCUCGGGGUCGGUAUCUACCGGGCGGCGUCCAUGUUUAACCACGAGUGCCGCACCGGAGUGCUGCGCACGUUCCUCGGUACGUCGAUCAUUUUCCAUACGGCCCGAACGAUUCCGCGCGGUGAACUGGUGCCGGAAAACUAUGGACCACACUUCCUGCGUCAACCGAAAGCGGUGCGGCAACGCAAUCUCCGCUCGCGGUACUGGUUCAAGUGUGAGUGCAAGGCGUGCAUCGAAGAUUGGCCCCAGAUGGACAAACUGACCGAUAAGCCACGGCUGCUCUGCCCCAAUGGGAACUGUGGUAACGUACUGCCGUAUCCGGGCAAGCCGUCGCAGCGCAAUCCAAAGUGCAGCAAGUGUAAGACGCAGGUCCAUCUGGAAGCGAGCGUCAAAAUGGUGGAAGCAUGCGAUCAGCUGUAUGUGACCGCAGCGGAAAUGAUGGCGAACGAACAGGUCGAUCAAGCGAUCGAACUGCUGAAGAAAGGUAUCACCAUCUUCUCCCAGGUGGCCGUCCCACCACACAAGGCAACCCACAUCGCGCAGGAGGCCCUUCGGUCCUGUCUUGCCGACAAGGGCAACGUCAACCAUUACUGAACGUCUAUGUCUUCGUCUAUUGAUGUUCAUCAAUUUUACGAGGCAGAGAGAGAGAGAGAAAGAGAGAAAAUAAGGUGUGAUUAUAAAAC